UUAGAACCAGAUAAGAACGUAUGGAGUAUACUUGAUACAUACUUCCCCCUGGGUAUGACCUUGCAAGAUGCACUCAUUAUUGACGUUGCAACUGACAGACUCCCCCUGAACUUUCCACCUCCUCCACAAGCACGAUACUCGGAACCACAUUAUUCCAUGGGCAACAACUCACCUAGGGAUCCGCAAUUCCUCAAAAUUCACAACCACAAUGUUAAACAUCCACAGCCAAUUCCAAUAAAACAAUCUCCCCUGCAAAUAUACCUGAACCCAUACCAACAAAAAUAUCCCAAGAAUUACCCAUAUAGCGUUAGAGAGAAAUCGGUGUCUCCUUCAAGCAUGCUCAGGAAUUUACCUAACCACAGAAGAUCACAGUCAAACCCCUUGCAAUCACCAUUGUCCGCGCCUGUGAACAGCACUGAGACCGAGAAUCCCAAGGCUGUUCUUUUAUUGCCCAAGAAUUUCUCGUUGGCGGGUGGUUCAACUGGCGGUGGGAAUAAUAAGAAGCGAAAUCAAUCAUUGUAUGAUAAUUUCGGAUCGGAGAUUAAAACUGAUGAUGAUAUUAAACCAAAUCAGUCAAUGUUGGAACCACCGGAAGAAAAACCCGAUGAUGAAAAAGAGGUAUAUGAACAAAAAGAAGAACGACCCAAGACUAGUAGAUCACCUUCUAAAGAACAAAUUGAAACGAAAAAGGAAAAAGAGAAGGCCAAACCCGAUGCUGCCAAGGACAAAGUCUUGCCAUCCAUCUCCGUCCUCAUUGUCGAAGAUAACGCCAUUAAUCAAGCCAUUUUAGGUGCAUUCUUACGUAAACGGAAAAUCCACUACCAGAUUGCCAAGAAUGGACAAGAAGCAAUCGAUAAAUGGAGAAGCGGAGGGUUCCAUUUGGUCCUCAUGGAUAUCCAACUUCCCGUGAAAUCUGGGAUUGAGGCCACAAAAGAGAUUCGUCAUUUAGAGAAACUUAACAAGAUUGGUGUGUUUGAUCCUAAUGAACUCAGUAUGAUUAAGAAUAACGAAGAGUUGAAGCCGGAAGACAAGCUUGAUUUGAAUGUGUUUCGAUCACCCGUGAUUAUUGUGGCUUUGACUGCGUCUUCCAAUAGUUCAAUCGAUAGAAAAAACGCACUUACUGCCGGGUGUAAUGAUUAUUUAACCAAGCCGGUCAAUUUAGUCUGGUUACAGGAUAAAAUUACCGAAUGGGGGUGCAUGCAAGCCUUGAUUGAUUUCGAAGGAUGGAAAACUCGAAAUGUUGGUCUUUGGAAAAAAGUAGGGUAACCCUGCGAAUGAGGUGAACAAAAAAAAAUAAAAAUAAAAAUUAACACCAUCAACAGAUCUUCUCAACUUCAUAUGAACUGUCCGUAAAAACCAUACAUCUACAACAGAUAUACAUCAUGUCAGAAGAAAUAGUUGAACAACCAAUCUUACCAUUGGAAAUAAUUGAUAAAUCAGUAGGCAACAAGGUCAAGGUGCUUAUGACCUCGGACAAGGAAUUCUACGGGAAAUUAAUUGGAUUUGAUGAUUACGUAAACAUGGUAUUGGAAGACGUUGUAGAAAUCGAUAAUGAAGGAACCAAGUCUGACCCUGUCAAGAAGAUGUUAUUAAAUGGUGGUCACGUUGCUAUGAUUAUUCCUGAUGUGGUUGCGUAAGGGUGCUGGUAUACCCUCCCACGGUUUAUGUAUUAUAGUAGAUAGAAUAUGAAUUUUGACAUUAUGUU